AUGGAGCAAGUCGCGCAGCAGUUCACCGACUACUACUACACCACCUUUGACGCGGACCGGUCGCAGCUCGCUGCGCUCUACCGUCCGCAGUCGAUGCUCACCUUUGAGGGUGCGCAGACCCAGGGUGCGCAGGCGAUUGUUGAGAAGCUGGCCAGCCUUCCCUUCCAGAAGGUGCAGCACAAGGUCGACACGCGCGAUGCGCAGCCCACCGGCGACGGUCAGGCGCUGGUCGUGCUGGUGACCGGCAUGCUCCUGGUCGACGACGGUCAGAACCCCCUCAAGUUCAGCCAGUCGUUCACGCUGCUGCCCGAGAACGGCUCGUUCUACGUGUUCAACGACAUCUUCCGUCUGAACUACGGAUAA